AGGAGUUUGUUAAUGUUGAGUUUGUUCCGCGGGAUCGAUGUUUGCUGGCAUCGCCUCGCCCUGUCUUGUGUGUGUGUGAGAGCGUGUGCGUGUGUGUGUGUGUGUGUGCAUAUGUGGGGGGUGUGAGUGUGUGUGCGAGAGGAAGCGAGAGUGCGUGCGUGCGUGUGAGUGUGUGUGAGUGUGUGUGUGUGUGUGUGUGUGUGUGUGUGAAUUCCAGAUUUUCUGUCUUUCCCAAACCCUCUCCUGUCCUCUAGCAUAUCACUCACAGACGGGGAUCCGACAGCAGCCGCAAACCUACAGUGAGUGAUCUCUCUGCCCCCAGCGCGAAUCCGCCAUAGAGAUCGGCGAGGAGGAGGAGGAAGAGGAGGAGGAGGGAAAGAGGAGAAGGAAGAAGAAAAAGAAGAAGAAACCACUACCUUCCCAGGAUUGCCUUUUUUUUUUUUUUUUUUUCCUUAUCUUUACGCGCGCGUGUGCGUCCCUCGUCCCUUCCAUCCGAACCCGGUCUUGGAUGUUUAAUAAAGAAAUCAAGUGUCUCAACAGUCACCAAAAAAAAAAAAAAAAAAAACCAAACCAAAAAAAAAAAAAAAUUCCAAAAAGCAAAAACAAAAAGAGAGAAAGAGAGAGGAAAAAAAAAUCCAAAACAAACAAACAAACAAGGCAGAACCAACCUCUACUUCCAACCAGCCGGCACAGCCGUCCGUGUCUGCCACCCAGAGAGGGGGGUCUCUGGCCCGUGGUGGAGGAGUUGCAGGGGGGAUCGUCAGGGGGACAGAGGCCGAGUGACGCCCUAGGAGCCACCGGGCAGGAGGCGGAGGAGACCCAGAGAGGCGAGAGAGACCGCGGGCCCCCGCGCGCGGCUCGGGGCUGGGGCGCCAGAAGUGGGACUGGAGCGAAGUAGAGCGAUGCCAAGGAGGAAACAGCAGGCACCCAAGCGGGCGGCAGGCUACGCCCAGGAAGAACAGCUGAAGGAAGAGGAGGAAAUAAAAGAAGAGGAGGAAGAGGAAGACAGUGGUUCGGUAGCUCAACUUCAGGGCAGCAAUGACCCAGGGACAGACGAGGAGCUAGAAACGGGCCCCGAGCAGAAAGGCUGCUUCAGCUACCAGAACUCUCCAGGAAGUCACCUGUCCAAUCAGGACGCCGAGAAUGAGUCCUUGCUGAGUGAUGCCAGUGAUCAGGUGUCAGACAUCAAGAGUGUGUGCGGCCGAGAUGCCUUGGACAAGAAAGCAAGCGUGCACCCCAAGCUUCCAAACGAAGCCCACAGUUGCAUGGAUAAAAUGACCGCCGUCUACGCCAACAUCUUGUCUGAUUCCUACUGGUCGGGCCUGGGUCUUGGCUUUAAACUGUCCAACAGCGAGAGGCGGAAUUGUGACCCCCGAAAUGGCAGCAACAAGACUGAUUUCGAUUGGCACCAAGACGCUCUGUGCAAAAGCCUACAGCAGAACUUGCCUUCCAGAUCCGUGUCGAAGCCCAGCCUGUUCAGCUCGGUCCAGCUGUACCGGCAGAGCAGUAAGAUGUGCGGGACCGUUUUCACCGGGGCCAGCAGGUUCCGGUGUCGGCAGUGCAGCGCCGCCUAUGAUACCCUGGUCGAGUUGACUGUGCACAUGAACGAAACGGGCCACUAUCAAGAUGACAACCGCAAAAAGGACAAGCUCAGACCCACGAGCUAUUCAAAGCCCCGGAAAAGGGCUUUCCAGGAUAUGGACAAAGAGGAUGCUCAAAAGGUCCUGAAAUGUAUGUUUUGUGGCGACUCCUUCGAUUCCCUCCAAGAUUUGAGUGUCCACAUGAUCAAAACGAAACAUUACCAAAAAGUGCCUUUGAAGGAACCAGUACCAACCAUUUCGUCGAAAAUGGUCACUCCGGCGAAGAAACGCAUCUUUGACAUCAAUCGGCCAUGUUCCCCCGAUUCGACCACAGGAUCGUUUGCAGAUUCGUUUCCUUCUCAGAAGAACGCCAACUUACAGCUGUCCUCCAACAAUCGCUACGGCUACCAAAAUGGCGCCAGCUACACCUGGCAGUUUGAGGCCUGCAAGUCCCAGAUCUUGAAGUGCAUGGAGUGUGGGAGCUCCCACGAUACUUUGCAGCAGCUCACCACCCACAUGAUGGUCACCGGUCACUUUCUCAAGGUCACCAGCUCUGCCUCCAAGAAAGGGAAGCAGCUGGUGCUAGACCCACUCGCCGUGGAGAAGAUGCAGUCGUUGUCAGACGCCCCUAACAGUGAUUCUCUGGCUCCCAAGCCAUCGAGUAACUCAGCUUCUGACUGCACAGCUUCUACGACUGAGUUAAAGAGAGAGAGUAAACAAGAAAAAGCAGAGCAGAUCAACAAGGAUGAGAAAGUCAUGAAAAGCGAGGACUAUGAAGACCCUCUACAAAAACCUUUAGACCCUACGAUAAAAUACCAGUACCUAAGGGAGGAGGAUUUGGAAGACGGCUCAAAGGGCGGAGGGGACAUUUUGAAGUCACUGGAAAAUACUGUUACCACCGCCAUCAACAAAGCCCAGAAUGGGGCUCCCAGCUGGAGCGCGUACCCCAGCAUCCACGCCGCCUACCAGCUGUCAGAGGGCACCAAGCCUGCUUUGCCGAUGGGCUCCCAGGUACUGCAGAUUCGACCCAACCUCACCAACAAGUUAAGGCCGAUUGCACCCAAGUGGAAAGUAAUGCCGCUGGUUUCUGUGCCCACAAGCCUGGCCCCAUACACGCAAGUUAAGAAGGAGCCGGAAGACAGAGAUGAAGUGGUGAAGGAGUGUGGGAAAGAAAGUCCCCACGAAGAGGCAUCCUCUUGCAGCCACAGUGAGGGGGAUUCUUUCUCCAAGUGUGAACCCCCUUCAGAAUCCAAAAAGGCUGAGCCUUGUCCCCUGAAGGAGGAGGACAAGCGGAUGAAAGAAGGUGGUGAGAAAGAGAAACCCCAGCCCUUGGAGCCAGCAUCUUCCCUCAGCAACGGCUGUGCCCUCGCCCACCAUGCUUCGGCCCUGCCGUGCAUCAGCCCGCUCAGUGCCCUACAGUCUGUCCUGAACAUUCACCUGGGCGAAGCCACGGAGCCCUUGCGCUCUCCCUCCCGCGCCAGCCCAAGCGCAAGCGCGAUGGCGACGUUUCGUAAGUCGCAUCUCAGUGUCACGGACAAACCGGUGCUGAGUCCUGUCUCCACGAGGCCGGCCAGCGUGUCCAGACGCUACCUGUUCGAGAACAGCGACCAGCCCAUCGACCUGACCAAGUCCAAAAGCAAGAAGGCUGAGUCCUCGCAAGCACAAUCCUGUACGUCCCCACCCCAGAAGCACGCUCUGUCCGAUAUCGCCGACAUGGUCAAAGUCCUCCCCAAAGCCACCACCCCAAAGCCUGCUGCUUCCUCCAGGGUCCCUCCCGUGAAGCUGGAGAUGGAGGUCAGGCGCUUCGAGGACGUGUCCAGCGAAGUCUCAACCUUGCAUAAAAGGAAAGGCCGGCAGUCCAAUUGGAACCCUCAGCAUCUUCUAAUCCUGCAGGCUCAGUUUGCCUCCAGCCUCUUCCAGACGUCGGAGGGCAAAUACCUGCUGUCCGAUCUGGGCCCACAGGAGCGAAUGCAGAUCUCGAAGUUUACGGGGCUCUCGAUGACCACCAUCAGCCACUGGCUGGCCAACGUCAAGUACCAGCUGAGGAAAACGGGCGGGACCAAGUUUCUGAAAAACAUGGACAAAGGACACCCGAUCUUUUACUGCAGUGACUGUGCCUCCCAGUUCAGAACCCCUUCUACCUACAUCGGUCACUUAGAAUCUCACCUAGGUUUCCAAAUGAAGGACAUGACCCGCAUGGCCGUGGAACAGCAAAGCAAAGCAGAGCAGGAGAUCUCCCGGGUGUCGUCGGCUCAGAGGUCACCGGAAACCAUAGCUGGCGAAGAGGACACAGACUCUAAGUUCAAGUGUAAGUUGUGCUGUCGGACAUUUGUGAGCAAACACGCAGUAAAACUCCACCUAAGCAAAACGCACAGCAAGUCACCCGAACACCAUUCACAGUUUGUAACAGACGUGGAUGAAGAAUAGCUCUGCAGGUAUGGGUUUGCUCCCACGUGGUUGUGACAGUAACUUUGUGAGGAGCUUCUAGAAGGGAGAUGGGUCUAUUUAGAGGCAGCUGACAUCUCCCUAUACCAAGAGCACAGUAGCCUGCUGGAAUAGCAUGAAGUUUUAUGAAAGACCAGAACAUGAUAACUAAGUCCUAGCCAUUCUCUCAAUUUCUCCGGUUCAGCGUUGGGAAAUAGAAUAAAAUGGGUUUAGAGAGAUGGAGCUCACAGGUGACUGAUACCCAAGGCCCUCUUAGUUACCCAAGGCCCAACUUUCAAGGUCCAGCCAAGGCUACACCUCAUUUUAAUUGAUAAGUACCGACUUGUCUUACUGUCCCAUUUCACCACCUCACCUUCCGAGAGUAAUGCGAAUGACUUACAAGGUGAUGAAAAUUCUUUUUAAAAAGUGAGCAAGCGAAUAAAGAUUGUAGGGUUCCUGGGGGCAGCCACUAUACAGAGAUUUCUUAAUCAACUCAUGAAUAGUUUAAAGCUGGCUUUAUUAUUAUUACUAGUAAUUAAUGCUUUUUGCAGCUUACUUGCAGCAAUUGCUACCUUCCACUACCUCCCCUUUAUUUCCUUUCCAUUAGGUCUCCUGUGAAAGGGCAUAUGCCCUGUAGUCGGAUGGCAGGAAAAUACUCCUCUCUGCAGAACACUGAGAUGAAAAGAGAGGAAGCUUAUUUUCCUCCCUCGUCUUUUGGUUGUCCUGGAGAUAAAGCUAAUAUCAGAGUCCACCUUUAGCAAAGGUAGAUGCAACGCAUGGCUUUGAGAUUCUAUUUUAUAUAAAGAAGCAAAUGACGCUCCGCACACUCAUUGCCAAGGCACAUGGGGUCCCACAGCUUGAGAUAAUUUGCAUCAUGUAUCAUCAAAGUUCCAUGCCUGGCAGAGUCACCAGUGCCCAGACUACCUAUGUCACCUUCAGGAAAGAGGACAGACGCCAAGGUCAGGUACCUUGGCAGACUAGUCCCACCAGCCAUUUUCAAACGUUGAGCAUAAGCAAGGCUGAACUUCUUUUCACCGCCCUUUAUGUAUUUUCUCUACCUCCUUUUCUCUCCCCUCCAGCAUGACACCCCCACGUGCUAGGGACCAUCAAAUGUUCAGGUUGGGGUGUUAGGCCACACCCCAUAAUGGGACCCAACCUGACUUAAACCUUUGGCACUUGCCAGCCCAGUUUCUGUCAUGCUAGGUUAUAGAUUAGCUCUUUUGGUUAAGAUAUGAGAUACGAACAGUUCAUACUAGCAUACACUUGACCCUUAAACAACUUGGGGGUUAGGGGUGCCAACCCUCUGCGCAGUGGAAAAUCCGUGUGUAACUUAUAGUAGGCCCUCCCUACGGUGUAGCCUGCCUACCCCUGCUUCCUCUGUAUCCGAGGUUCCACACACGCAGAUUCAACCAACCCUGGGCUAUGUAGUAUUUACGCUUGAAAAAAAUCCAUGUAUAAGUGGACUCAGGCAGCUCAAACCCAUGUUGCUCGAGGGUCAACUGUAUAAGCCCUCACCACCUCCUCCUGUCAGAGCACUUGUUGUUAAAUAGGAGACUUCCGGUUCAAGCCACCAAGCCAUGAGCCCUAGCAGAGUUGCAAGUGGGGACGGGUAUGUAUAUGAUGUGGCUUCGGGCUCACUUCACAUCGCAUAGGGAGGUUUACUGAAUGCAAGGAUGGUCAGAAUGAAAUGAAGGGUUAAAAACUGGGACUGUUGCCUCAGUGAGAAGAUCUAAGAGCUUCUGACAAAGGGGGAACCCAUCCUAUCACUCUAAUGGCUAAUGGCUAUCUGGGCCCAAAUGAAGACUUUUGUUUUGUUUGCAUGUUUUUAUCAUGAUAAUUAAAGUGUAUU